UAUAACUUUGGAAAAUCGUCCAAGAACAAAAAUGUGAAAACUGUGUUAAACGUAAGAAAUAGCAGAUUACUGAGAGGAUACGAACAAACUGAGAACAACGAUGAAUAUGAGAAUUUAAAGCAAAAAUUAAUGGAUUUAGUAGAUGAAGAUGAUAAAGUAUUUACAAGCCAUUUGAAAUCCUGUAUGAGGGAUGAUAAGUUUAGAGAACAAUUCAAUUUAUUAAUGAAUUAUGAUGAUGAUAUUACCUCAGAAUAUAAACCCAUAAUCGGUGAUAAAACUCAUAAGAACUCACAUCCUAAUUUAGAGUACACUGUGAAUUUUAACAUGGGCAAACGUAAAAAUUCUUCUCUUAAUAAAUAUGAUUCACAGGAUUUUACUUCAGACUACGAUUCUAAAAAGGUAAAAGAAUAUGGAAAUCCAAAUCAAAAUCGACGUAAACGGAAAAACCCUUAUAAAAAGGAAGGUGGUCAUGAUUAUAACUAUGAUGAUGAUGACUAUCAUAAAGACUAUGACGAGGAAUAUGACAAAGACUACGACAAGAACUAUGGCAAAGACUAUAAAAAGGAAUCUAAAAAAGACUAUGUCGAUGAUUAUGAUG